GAUCUAGUCUAGAUUCUAGAUUCAGAAAUCUAGAAUCUAGAUACAGAGAAUCUAGAAUCUAGAUCUAGAUCUAGUCUUAGUUAUUUUUUUGAGGGGGACUUUCUUGGGCAUCUCAAUAAUGUCAAUAUCAUGUAGAUUCUAGAUCUAGAUCUAACGACAGAAAAGUAUGGCUACGAGUAGAUCUAGAUCUAGAUCUAGCUUUAGGCAGUAACAGCAGCACUUACAGUCUUACUUGUGUAGCAGUGCCAAUCGCCCGCUGCGCCUUGGGCCGGAAAUCGGCCUCCGCGCGAGGGGUAAUUUUUGGGCCGCUCGGAAUCUGAAGUGACUCUUCUAAGUAUAGUUACGGCUACGGGAAAACUCCUGGACGAAAAUAAAUGAAACUCGGCAACCAACCAGAGGAAAGUGAUCUCCCUUGAUUUGUGUGCCGGGAGCAGGUGGAAUCGUAAUGCCUCUCGAUUGCCCGCAGUGCGGCAAGGUGCCAUGACUGCAUCGUUUUUUGGGCAAUGAGCAGCCUUCCUGAUGUGAACAGCCAUGACAUACUUCAGCCGAAAACUUUUGAUGAAAAUUUUCUCACACCUUUGAUGAAGAAGUCUUCACAUUCAGCGGUGGUAUUUCUGCAGGACACGCUGCACAUGGAUGAUUUCACCAAGUAUGCUGAUGUCUAUUCUGUGGACAGCACUGGAGGGGCUUUCAAAAACAUUAAGAACUUGAUGGACGAUAAUUUCUCCCUGGAGCUACCUCAGGUGUCUGGGGCCUCAAAAGCUGUAGAUCAACUCAAAUCUAACUAUCCUGGUGCCAUGCACUCAAUCAGCUCCUUGGAUGAGUUAGAUGCACUGGGUGUGUCACAAGACCAGCCUUUCUUACUGCUUGUACAUUUACCCGCGACCGCAGGAAAUGUCGACCAGGAAGCUGCUAUUGCUAAAAAUGAUGACAUGAUUGGAGCUGUAUGUGAUCGACUCAAGAAAAAAGCCAUCAAGUAUACAGCUUUGUUCACAGGGAAAGCAGCUAGUAAAGGAAUGGUAGAAGAAGGUGAAGUCCACAGUGGCCGACACUUGCUUGAGGCUGACGUGGUCAACAAAAAUGGAACCUUCAUGAAUGCCAGUGACGGCAAUGUGUACAUCUUCAUGCGAACUAUUUCCAUCUGUGUCAAAAAUACUAGCUCCAGCGGUGAUUGUGUUCUCGACUUUGAUUUUGUCCCAGAUGAAAAUGCUGCGAAUCAGACAGUCCAAUUUAAUGGCACUGCAAGAAUUAUACUGGCUUUUCCCAAUAUCAAGGCCAACAAUGAGACAUCUAACCCGUACAACGUGUCCAUUGA